AUGGAUAAACUCGUCCGCGAACGAAAAUCGCUCGAACCGCGAUUAAAACGUAUUUCGGAAGCAUUGGAGAAAUUAAGAGGCACAGAUGCCGAAGAAGUUGAUGUGCAAACCGAACUAGACGCCCUAAAUGAGGUUUGGGCUGCUUUUUGUGCCGUGCAUAAGAGAAUACUAGAUGUUGGUGAGGACGAUAAAGCCUAUGAAGAUGCGGUGCAGCAGCAGGCGAGAUUUGAAUCGUACUACAUUACAUUGAAAAAUCGUUUGUUGAAAAUUCUGAAAGCAGUGAAAGAUCGCGAUAACGCUGCAACUGAGCGUGCUGCCCAGCCUGACAUUAUAAAGCAGCUUGCCGAUCAACAGGCAGAAUUCCUGCGCAUGAUGUCUACAAGCAUGGCCGCGCCGUCCAUUGCUAGUGCCGUCACCCACCCCAACGAAGCUACAACUCCAUUGUCUGACUUAAAGUUGCCGCGUAUGAAUAUGCCGGUCUUCAGUGGCAAUUACCUAGAGUGGCAAUCUUUCUACGAUUUGUUCGACAGUUUAGUGCAUAAAAAUGUGAUGCUAAAGGGCAGUCAGAAGCUCUAUUUCCUGAAAACGAAUUUGGCUGGUGAAGCGGCUUCCUUGAUUUCGCAUUUAAAAAUAGAGGAUGCUAACUAUCGAACUGCGCUGGACAAGCUAAAAACCAGGUACGACAAACCACGAGAAAUCGCUAAUCAACAUAUAAAGCGAUUCUUGGUUCAGCCUACGCUUACGUCACCGUCUUCAUACGGUCUACGAUCAUUGCAUGACGUAUCUGAUGAGGUUAUAAGAGCUUUGCAGGCGAUGAAUAGGGAAGAUCGAGACACGUGGCUUCUUUACAUUCUCAGCGAAAAGAUAGAUCCGGACACAAAGCAGUUGUGGUGCCAGAAGAUAGCCGAAAUGGAUGAAGAAAACAUCAAUCUGCAAUGCUUUCUGAAGUUUAUAGAAUCUCGGAGUUUCGCUCUUCAGUCAUCUCAGCCUCCGAGAACAAAAACUAAUGUGCCCUUCAAACAACCUUCAAAAUUUCAACCUCCAUGCAAAAACGCUAGCGCAUUUGUUGCCACGAAUAGUACGUCCUGCAACGUAUGCAACAAACAAAACCACCAAUUAUACCAAUGCGGUAAGUUCCUUCAUAUGAAUCACGAGGAUCGAAUCGCUCACGUUAACCGUAUGAAACUUUGCAAAAAUUGCCUGAAAGUUCAUCCCGGUGAAAGAUGCCAAUCAGGUACGUGCAGAAAGUGCAAUUCAUUCCAUCACACUUUACUGCACCCGAAUAUGCCAUCCACAAACACACACCCCACCGGUCCAGCGGUCAUGGCCCCGGCAAAUCCAGGACUUUCAGCCCAGUCUUUGAUUUCGGCCCUCGACUCACCAAACGGUCCCGAUGCAUCGAAUGUUCUUCUUGCCACCGUCGCUAUCAACGUGCUGGAUAGCCAUGGACGUCCGCACGCCUGCCGUGCCGUUUUAGAUUGUGCUUCCCAAGUCAAUUUCAUCAGCGAUAAAUUGUGUAGGCAACUCCGUCUCAAAACGCAAGCAGCCGACCUGAACCUCGAAGGCAUCUCAUCUACCCCAGCACACGUUGACAGAUGUGCCGAUAUAACCAUCUCCUCACGAUGCACCGAUUUUCGCACAUCCACGUCGUGUAUGGUGUUAGAAAAAAUCACCAAAAUGCUUCCUUGCAAGCCUGCAAAUAUUGUAGAUUGGCCUAUUCCCGGAUCAAUUCAUCUGGCUGAUCCACUAUUUCAUCAUCCUGGCGAGGUAGAAGUGCUACUGGGAAUAGAACUCUUUUUUCAGCUGCUCGAGCCUGGUAAAAUCACCCUCAGUACCGACGGCACUCUACCUACACUACAAAACACUAAACUCGGCUGGGUAGUAGCUGGCCGUUACAACGAGGCCAAUAAUUCGUAUGGCUUUCACACUCCGACCUGUCUCCUCGCAUCGACCGAGGAUACUCUCUCUCAGCAGUUACGUAAGUUUUGGGAGUUUGAAGAGUAUCUCCCAGCAUCCAAUCAUCUUACCGAAGAAGAGCAACUUUGUGAAAAACAUUUCUCUGAUCAUACUAUACGAGAUGAGUCAGGAAAGUUUGUCGUUCGUCUCCCGUUUUUACGCGAUCCCACCCAACUAGGUGAGUCGAAGCAGAUUGCUGAGAAAAGACUUCGCUACUUAGAGAAAAAACUCGAUCGUAACCAACAAUUGAAAGAUGAGUACCAUGCGUUCAUCCGCGAAUAUAUCGAACUUGGGCAUAUGUCACUCGUUAGUGAUACCAACACAGAUAGCAAAUCGGUUUAUCUCCCACAUCAUUGCGUGCUCAAAACAACCAGUUCGACCACCAAAUGUCGAGUCGUUUUUGAUGCCUCGGCAAAGACGACGAGUGGUCUCUCAUUAAACGAUGUGCUCAUGUGCGGUCCUGUUUUGCAAGAUUCACUGAUCAAUAUUUUAAUUCGAUUUCGCUUUCCACCGAUCGUUCUCGCAAGCGAUGCAAAGCAAAUGUAUCGAAUGAUAUGGCUGAACGAGCUUGAUCGUGACUUGCUUAAAGUCUUGUGGAGAGGGACUAAUGAGGAAUGCAUUAAGGAAUAUCGUCUAAAUACCGUCACCUUCGGAACAAAAAGUGCAUCAUAUUUGGCUACAAAAUGUGUGCAGCAGCUUCUAGAGUCGUUUCGACAUCAAUAUCCUGUAGCUGUAGAGAAAGCGGAAAAGGGCAUUUAUGUCGAUGACAUUCUGACUGGUGCUUCGUCAGAGGCAGAAGCAAAAAACUUACGGCUGCAGUUGACUGAAAUCUUUGCUGCCGGUGGAUUUCAUCUCCGGAAGUGGGCGUCCAACAGCGCAGAAGUUUUAGAAGGGGUUCCUGACGCCGAUUUAGAAGUGAAAAUUUCCAUUGAUGAGAAUCCAAACAGCACCAUCAAGGCUCUUGGAAUGCAGUGGCAGCCGUGCAGCGACGAGUUCCAUUUUUCAUACCAGCCAACCGAGAUCCUUCAGCCCACAAAGCGAAUCAUUUUAUCGCAAAUAGCCAGCCUUUUCGACCCACUUGGCCUUCUAUCACCAAUUAUAGUCAAGGCAAAGCUGGUAAUGCAGCGAAUGUGGGAGCUGAAGGUGGCUUGGGAUGCGACUCCCCCCGGUGAGUUAACCAAAGGUUGGUUAGUUUUGGUGCAAAAGUUUUCGCUUCUCAAUUCUUUUCAGAUUCCGCGAAGGGUAAUCGACAUGCGGAAUUGGUCUCGUCUCUACCUGCACGGCUACUGCGAUGCAUCCGACGUAGCAAUGGGUGCUUGCAUAUACAUCCGAUCCGUAAGCGAUGACAACAGAACUUCGUCCCAUCUUCUCUGUUCCAAAUCGAAACUGGCACCAAUAGGCAACAACAGAAUGACCAUACCCCGAUUGGAAUUACGUGCAGCAGCCAUUCUCGCACGAUUGAUAUCAAAUGUGAGAGAAGCUCUUUCUUCUACUACUUUCCACAAGAUUCGGGCCUUCUCCGAUUCCAAAGUUGUUUUAGCAUGGCUGGCUGGAGGUGCUGCAAGAUGGAAGACCUUCGUGGCGAAUCGCGUGGCAGAGAUCUCGUCACAUCUACCUUAUAUCAACUGGGCUCACGUAGGCACUCUCGACAACCCAGCUGAUCUGGUAUCGCGGGGUGUGUUUCCCGAUCAACUUCAAGCAAACUCUCUUUGGUGGCAUGGACCAAGCUGGGAGGCAACGACGAUAAAUUGCGAAUCACCUUCAAUCGACAAUCUCAAUACAGAUGAGCGACGGCAGAUAGAUAGAGAGCAGAGAACUACAGCCGUGGUGUGUUUGACUGUAAACGACAAUCGUUUUCUGGAUGAUAUGAUGGCCCGGUACUAUCCGAAUCUUCAGCUUCUACUUCGUGUAACCGCCCGGAUGCUCCGUUUUGGACACCCUGAGUACCGUGGUUCGCUUCGUCUCGCUUCAGAUGAGAUAGAUUUCGCUUUGGAAAAGUACCUUCAACACGUACAGCAGCAACAUUUUUCAGGAGAACUCAACCGACUGCGAAGUGGCCUCAACGUUGAGCGUGGUAGCUCAUUAUAUCAGCUUGAUCCAUUCCUAGAUAAAAACGGUAUCGUCAGGGUGGGCGGCAGGUUGCAACAAUCGGAUUUGAGCUACGACAAUAAGCAUCCGAUCUUGCUACCCCGGCACUCGAUAUUGACUUCACUCAUUUUGCUUCACGAGCACAAGGAGAAAUUGCAUUGUGGCCCUCAGUCGCUGUUAGCAGCUACACGUUUACGGUUUUGGAUCUUACGCGGCAUUAGUGCCGCUCGCAAGGUGUAUCGUGAUUGUUUAACCUGCAAUCGAUCUCGACCAGCACGCAUAGCUCAACAAUUUGGACAAUUACCCGCUGAUCGGUUAAAGCCACUUCCCCCAUUUUCCAUUACGGGAGUCGACUACGCUGGUCCUGUAGGAAUCAUCGGACGAAGAACACGGGGUGCAGUGUCCUCGAAAGGUUACAUCGCGUUGUUCGUUUGUUUGGGGACACGCGCAGUACAUUUGGAGGCUGUCUCGGAUCUAAGUGUAUCAUCAUUUAUUGCUGCAUUUACGCGUUUCACUAGUCGGUACGGAGUGCCCAGUAAGAUGUACUCGGACAAUGCCACGAACCUUAGAGCAGGAGCGAGACUUCUUAGAGAGCUGUACCAUCAAAUAGAUGCAACCGAACACAGUGAUGAAGUGAACGAUUUUUUGGUCAACAAGCGAGUGCAAUGGCUUUUUAUACCCGCUCGUUCGCCUCAUCAUGGUGGCCUAUGGGAGGCUGGAAUCAAGGUGGCAAAAGGAUUUCUCAGCAAAAUUGGAGAUGCUUUACCCGAAGUUAAUCAUCUUGAACAGCAGAUAAGUUCACUAUCCAGAUGGAACUACGUUCAACGUGUCGCCCAGGACUUUCGAGCUCGGUGGCAGUCCGAGUACGUGCUCUCUCUUCAACGCCUGACGAAGUGGCAAACAUCGUCCCCUAACAUCGCAGAAGGAGAUUUUGUGCUUCUUGUUGAAGAUAACGAAAAAUCGCAGCAAUGGCCAUUGGGUCGUGUUCUGGAGCUUUUCCCUGGGACCGAUGGCCGUGUCCGAGUUGUCUCGGUCAAAACUGGCAAGGGUGUUUUCCGCAGAGACGUCAGGAAGCUGCGACGUUUUCCUCUUGAUAACGACGAAUAUGUGCCAGGAAGAAAUGGGUCUGAAAUUACUGCUCGUAAUUUGGUGGGCGGUUUAUGUUAAAGCCAUAAUGAGUAGCCGAACCCUAUUUGCUGCAAUCGCGAGCGAGAGUGUUUUCGCCCUGCAUCGAUGACGUCAGAAUCCACAAUUUUUAUCUCUCUCAUUAUGCGAAUCAACUUUCUUUUGUUAAACUCCCUAUAAAAACCCCACAUUGUACAUCGAAACAGCUAGAAUUAAAUUUUGUUAGAAGUAACCACGCACGCUUUUUAUUUCA